UCUGAAAGUCACCAAUAAGCCCAAUGAAGCAGAGAUCCCGCUGGCGAGCGCCAGCACCAACCUAAAUAGACUCUGAUCAUCUAAAUUGACUUCAAUUAAAUAACAACCGAAAUUGUUGAAAUGCGCCAUUACUCCCUCGGCGCUAAUCUAAGUGCCAAUAGUCAGGGCGAAUGUUUUAUUAAUAAUAGCCAGCAAUAACUGUUAAUUAAUAAUUAAGCGAUGGUGUCGUUGAUCGGCAUCAGUGCGCGUGCGUCGACGGCUCGACGCAGCGCGCAUUCAGAUCAGCUGCAUCCCGUGCCAGCCAGUGUUCUACCGGAGAUACAGUUACCAGUGCUUUCGUACUUACGUUUUAAUCCAAUAAUAUUACUAGUGUGAUUGGGCUAUAGGUGUACGUGGCGGAUAUAUAAAUAGCAGAAAACAGGUUGGUAGAAGUUUGUUGAUAGUGAGAUGGUGAAGACAAUUAUUACCAUGUAAGAUGUGUAGGUAAAGGUAAAACUGAAAAGUGCUGUGAAAAUGAUAAUCCAAUUAUUAUUUUCCAAAGCUGUGAAUAUUUUCCCACGGCUAUAAAUCAUGAGAGAGACAUAUCAGUGGUGUUGAUACGGAUUUACAAUAAAGUGUAUGGACUUUCAAAAUAAUGAUGUGGGCGUUCGGCCCUACAAUAGCACCGAAACAAACAAAUAUUGCGAGAGUUUGUGGGAAGCCCGCAUAGUGCGCCGACGAUGGCAGUGCGGUGCGCAGCCCGCAGCAGCCGGCGCGAGGGGAGCCCGGAGCGGCCGGAGCGCGCGCGGCUCGUGGCGCCCGGGGGUGUGGCUGCGCGACGCUACCAUUGGUGUCCCGCCGAGCUCGCGCCUCAGUCGUAAGCGCCCGCUCCACACACUCAAAUCUGUCUCCUACGGCGGCACACUACGACCGAGAAUAGCACUCGCACUCGCGCUCUCGUCUCUCUCGGACGCGCUACUCAUUGGCUCAAAACCUACAUCGAGCGACGUAUUAUGGUAAUAUAAAUUGACCAACCGUAGAGCAAAUUCGGUUAGUUCGUUAAAGUUGAUUAAAGCCAUUUAACCGGGACGGACACGAGGAUACGAACGGCGCGAGCGUUCGUCGAUCCCGGGGGUUCGGUUAAAUGAAGUCAAAUUGUUUAAUAUCGGAGUAGAUAAAUCUGAGUGUCGCGUUCGGUCGGUGGAGCGAGCUGCGCCGCGACGGAGCCGAGCGAGGUGCGCGCCGAGGUAGCGGGCCCGCCGCCGCCCGCCGCCGACGGCUACAUGUACGUGUGCGAGAGCGCCGGAGCCGGCUCGCGCUACGAGUGCUUCGAGCCCGGCCACCACAUGGAGCAGCCGCCCUUCGACGACCACAUGUUCGCCGAGUUCCCCAAAGAGCGCCAGGUGCAGGUGGUGGUGGGCGAGAUCGGCGAGCUGUACCGCGACGAGCUGCCCGUGUUCGCGCCCGCCGCCGACCACAAGCGCAAGGAGGAGCCCAUGCUGCUGCAGGCCGUGGAGUCCAGCCCCGUGCCGCACGCGCCGCCGCCGCCGCCGCCAGCCUCCAAGAAGAGUGACAAGAAGAAGAGCGACAACAACGGAAUCAAGAAAAAGAAAACGAGGACCACUUUCACGGCGUAUCAGCUUGAGGAGCUAGAACGAGCGUUCGAGCGCGCACCGUACCCCGAUGUGUUCGCACGAGAAGAGCUGGCUCUUAAACUUAACUUGUCUGAAUCACGAGUACAGGUUUGGUUCCAAAACCGAAGAGCAAAAUGGCGUAAAAGAGAGCCUCCACGCAAAACAGGGUACAUCGGUUCCAGUUCACCGAGCUCCACGACGUUAGGCGGCGGCUUCUCCGGCAUCGGCGGUAACUUGCCCGCCUUCCCGCAGAACGGCCUGCCUGCACCGGCUGACUCCUGGUCGUACCAGCACUCCUACGAACUAUCCUCGCAUCAUUUGUUGUCGUCAAGCAGUGGCGGAUACCCGGGCUUCAAUGCUCAACCAGCUCCAUACUCGUAUACGACCGUCCUCAACGGGCACGACGGCCAGAUGUUCGCGCCGCGGCACUCAUACGAGUACGGCGAAGGCAGUCCGCCGCCGCUGGGCGUGCGCGACUACCCGAUGAUGGCGGCGCACUCGCCGCAGAUGGAGCCGCACGCGCACGACGAGAAGCUGGAGUACCGGGCGCACGAGCACGAGGACAAGUACUCGGCGUGCGCGCUGCAGGACGAGCCGCGGUACGCCGCGCCGCCCGAGGACUACGACAAGUGCGCGCUCGUGUCGCACGACAAGCACUACGAGAUGGAGCGCCACUCCGACCUCACACAACCCGUCGUCGUCAAGAUGGAGCCCAGCACCGGACAGGCAUACACCACGCUGCCUCCUUUUUUGAAUUGAAAUACUCCUUUUCGAAAUUAUCCUAGCGUUAGUAAGCGAGUGUAAUUUCGAAAGGGAGUAUUAGCAAGUAUCUCAAGUAGCAGAUAGAUAUGAACGUAUAUAAAUAUAUCUUCUGUUUUGUUCUCAUUUUUUUAAUUAGUGCAUGUUAUCUACAUUUUAUAUGAAUUAAUUCACUGACUAUACCUAUAUCGAUUCAGGAAUGAGUUCAUAUAAAGUAGAAAAAUAAUAUUAUUAGACUAGGUAUUGAUUCAUAAAUUCCAUGUAAUUGGUAUGCCAAAGUAGUUUAAAUUUUGUAUUUUUGUAGUUAUAAAAAUUUUGCUGCGUUUUAAAGUUAUCUCUCGCAAUAACUGUAAAUAAUGUUUUAAUUUAAUAAUAAUAUUAGAUGUAAACAAAUGUGCCUCUUUACAGUUUAAUUUGUUUGUAGGUUUUGUUUAAUUUAUAAGCUACGAAUAGUGUGUACCAUCCGUUAGGGUGCUAGUGAGGGGAUCUUCUAUGGAAUAACUACUGCUCGCAUAUACGGCGCUUUGAAGCCCGCGGUUCGAUCUCAUUAGCAACUUUACGGGUAGUCUCUAUUCAUUGAGUAAAGUACUCGUAGACUUCGCUUCUCGUGCAUUCCUUGUGCCUUAUCUUGACAAUGCUCGUUAUCAAUUAUUGUUAUACCAUAAUGAUAUCGUAUGAUACAGCAUCUUUUGUAAGUAUAAGUUAGAUUAGUCCUAGUAUAAAUUCUAUUUUAGAUAGUAUAGUGUGUAAAUAUAUUUUGAAAACGUGAACAGUUCGUGCCAAAAAUUAAGUAGGAAAGCCCAGAAGAUGGGACAGCAUCCAAUAGGUGCUUAUACUUUAGAUAUCGACAAUUAGGUAUUUUAGAUUAGUAAUCAUUCUAAUUUUUAUUUAUUUUACUAAGAAUAUAUAUUUAAUUGUUUGUUUCCCAAUCUACAGUCUCCUUAAACAGAGAUGCGGUUAUUUAGAAUUCGUAUAUUUCUAAGAAAUUCACAUUUUAUAAUCAUGUGAUUCUCGAACAAGUGUCUGUUUUGUGGUGAAUGCUUUAAUUAAUUUCUUUUUAGGAAUAAUCAGCAGCGAAAGUAUAACAACACAAUAACACAAUUAUAUCUAAAUCAAGAUAGACACGCUCAUCACAUUGAAGAUACACAUUUAGUGACAAACGAGCAUAACUUUCGUUGUUGACCAUACCUAUGUUUUUUUGCAUCUAGCUUUUAAAUUACUAUAUUAUGUAUGAUAGGCUAUAUUUGCAGGAUGAACUAAUAUAAUAACAUGAAUUAAGUACCUACGUAAAACAAGGAGUUAUAUUUUCUUACAUUUCCAUUUAUAGAAUCGGAAGGUAGAUAUCAAAUAGAUAUCAGAUAGAUCAAAAUUUUGAAAAAUGUGCAAAAUAAGAACAGUAAGAAAGGAUGAUUGUGUCUGGUCGGGGUUGAAGAUGGCUGUUUGUUGAGCAAUAGAUCUUUUAGAAAUAAAAUUGUCUACUGCGCAGCUAAACUGCCAACUUCAAGUUCGUCAAGAUAUGUGGCCUUUUUAAUAGGUUUUUAGGAAUAACAUGCAAAAUCUUUUAUAAUAUAACAAAAGGGACCAAUGAAAUAUAAAUCAUUUAAAAGACAGGUCUGCUAACAACGAAUAUUUAGCAGGGUAACUAUAAAACUAGUUAGAAAAGUAAAAUUAAUUAAGAGUUAUUUCCCAUUCGUGUGUUUACUUUAAUGAAGCAUUUAUAUUAAGUUAAUGUUAAGGUAAGAGAGCAAUAAGCUGGAUAUUUUGUAAUAUUUAAUUGUAAGGAAGACGAGAAAUUAUAAUACAAAUGUGCUUAAA